AUGACAGAGUUAGACAAAAAGAUACGCAAGAAGCAAGCCCAGAUAUUCGACCAAAAAGAAAACGCUGUUUCACAAGUGAAAGCUUGCAUUUCACUCAGCGAGCUUCAGUCUCCAGAAGACUACGCUUCUUUUUUGAAAGCAAAUAAGCAAGGAAUCAGUGGGUUUAUAAUCGAAGUCACACAAUACUACUUAAACCACGUGAAAAAGGGUCGAGUCAAUGUGCCAGUUAAAGAGGCACUUAACUUGAUAAAACUUAUAAAAACAGUCACACCACUUUAUGAAUUUAAUGAACUCUCCGUCUUUGAUUUAUAUCAAAAGUUUUUGAUCAACUUCUUGAAGAUAGAAAGUCACCCAGAAAUACGAGAGGCCUCUUGUAAUUUGCUUAUCGACUUGGCUUUGUUCUAUGGCGAGCAAGACGAAAUCACAUUCCAAUUCAUCAACACUGUUAAUUUGGGGGCGUUGUAUAUAAAAGCGGAUUUCCCCGUGAAUAAACUGUCGUAUGCAGAAUACGCAUACGUCCCACCAGAAGAAGAUACCAUCGAUCAACCAGCUGUGACCACAAAACUCAUUUCAAAUUUGAUAAAAACGAUCAAAACACCACCAAACAUCGACCAUGUUUUCCACCUAGUCGAGGUGUUACUCUCUUAUGUUUUCCCGGUAUUCGCUGACAACGCACAUUACGUGUAUAAACAACAGCACCCCACGUGCGGCGUUAAGGGAGCGGUUACUCCAAAGAAUGUCGACCAACUUGUCUUGGACUUUUAUAAAGAAUUGGUCACAUCUCCGUCUUACGAAAAGCUUCGGAACCGACCAGCCCAUAUUUUGUUCAUCAAACAUUUCUAUCUCAACGUUCUCCAACUUCCCCCAGACGAAACUACAAAGGGAAUCAUCACUUCGACUAUUUCAUAUUUCUUUGAUAUUGCAAUACAACACCCAUUCAAAUCGCCAAAGUUGGAUGAACUUAUCGGGCUUAAGAAUUUCUUGAUUGAAGACAUCGCCAUUUUCUUCGACGCUCCAUGCGCUUGUGGCAAAAUCAAUGAAGUGAAAGAGUUGGUCGAGAUUAUUAAACUUGAAUUUAUCAAACUCUCAAAUAUCGAACUGACUGAAGAGCUUAAGACUGUGUGUAUUACUGUUGUUUUGAAAUCCAUCGAUUUGUUGGUCAAAAACAACUUCCCCCAAUCAACAAGUUCAUUCGUGGAUUUGAUUUUGGUUCUUUUUGUCAAAUGGGAAAGGUCUCCCGACGACUGGAUCAUGCUCCGAGAGAGAAUGACUCCUUACUUCAGUAACACGAAUGUGACUGACCAAAUAAAGCUCAAGCUGAACCACUGCACGCGACUUGUUUUGAAGGACUUUUAUUCCCCUUUGCUCUUGGAAAACACCGACGAAAUUACAGUUGGUACAAAGAAAGUUGAGCGGUCCACCCACCUCGAAGUUCCAACAGCAAUUUUCGUUGCUCCAAGUUUGGACGACAAAUUUUCAAACUUCUUUCCACAUCUUGCUGGGGAAGAUGCGCUGCAGUUGUGGUAUUACUUCUAUUCUCUAUUCCAAGAUGUCAAUACUCAUCCCGAUGAUCAAUGUUUUGAAUGUGGGAUAAAGAUCCUCUACGAAUUCUUCCUUAUUUUCGUGAAUGCUGAAACAAAAGUCGACAGCUUUGGCACAGAGAUCAACCCCACUCGUCCAAAGUUGGUUGAUGUUUUCGGAAAUAUAUUCUUUGGUGCUUUGAAGCGUAAGACGCAGACCCCAAUCGCCAUGGAAUUGUGUUACCGAGCCAUCUGCAAACUAGUGAAUCGUCCAUACGUUCGCUUCACAGACGAUCUCUAUGAUUUGUUUUACGACACUGUCUUGAGUGGUCUUAAUUCGUAUGGUUUAAUCCUCCUUGAGGAGUUGUAUGAUAUAUUUCCGAAUCAAGUUCCCGGCUGGCCUGCGCUUAUCUAUCCUUUCGUUCGGCAACUUCUCAAUCUGAAACUCGUGAAAAAUCAGAAAAGUGAGAAUCCAAACCGAGACAUUCAAAUAGUUUCUUUACUAAACAGUAUGGUUCCUCUCCAAGAAGAUUACCCGAAAGUGUUUGUCAUGUUGUCACAAUCUGAGAAACUCAACUCGUCAUUCACUCAAUCUCUCACAGAGUGCUAUCGUAAUUUAAUGGCAAACUUAUCUGGCAUUUCAGUCAACAUUGCGUUGAUCUAUGGACUGGCCACCCAUGCAAUCUAUGCGAGGCGUGCCGAUCCCAAGAACGUCUUAUCGCCGAUCGUUAAAGUGAUUUCAAAGUUUAUUCGUGAACCGAACGAGGAGUUAUAUAGACCCGCUGCUGAAGUUAUCGGAGAGUUAGUCUCGUUCUCUCAGUACUUCACUGUAGAAGAUGUCAGAGCAAUAUUUGAAGAGCUUUUAAAUGUCAUCAAUGAUAAGGCGACAAAAUCAGAGGCAAUUGCCUGUGCGUUCACAUCAAUGAUAGACUGGGCCUUUGCGCCGUCGUGUAUCUUCUCGAAGGCACUCACUGCGGAUCUCACUGUGAGGGUACUCAACGCGAUAUCGUAUGCUAUGGCAUUGCCAAAAAGUCAACAACCGACAGACCCCAAUGUCAAAUAUCGGGCGUCUGCUCCCGAGUGCGCAGAAGUGUUUUUACAAACGAUUUUAAAUGCCUUUGGAUAUGUGCCGAACGACAAAGGCAGCGACAAAUUCUUCUCGACGCACAUGGAAGAAGGGGAAAUCACGUGGUGGGCGUUUGGGAAUACGUUGCUCUCUAUUGAAAAGGGGACGGACGGAGAUUUUUGUAAUUUGACCGUGCGGAAUGCGGUGGGGAAAACGUUGUGGGGGGUACGAGCAAAUUAUUUGUUGGAGGAACUUGGUAUUGUAAAGGAGAAACCAAAAGGCGUACUUCGCGUGAAAGACAUAUCGAAGAGAGUUGAAAUGAAAUAUCCCGAUGUGGUGGUCCAAGAGAAAAAGAAGAACGAACUGAAGAGUCUUAUGGAUGAUUUGGAAAAGGAAGACGCGGAGAUGCUAGACUGGGGAAUGCCCAAUGGCGUGAAUAGAACUGAUUUCCAGAAUGACUUGAAACACGUCAAAGAAGCAAUGGACAAUGUCGAGAUGCAAGCAAAGAAGUUGGGUGUGGUUUCUGCUCUUACAAGUCGCUAUCUUAUCGAGGACAACAGUGAAGAAAUUGAUCCAUCGAAAUUCCUCAUCCAUGCACUGCUGUGUCAGACACAAUUUAUUGACCCGAUGCCAUUAACAAAGACUCUUCUUGUGCCAAUUAAUCCCAACGAGAAAUUCAAAAUACUGUUGGGUAACUUGGACAAGAGUUGUGUGAGACCGUUCCACAAGGUCGGGUUGAUUUAUGUGAAAAAGGGACAAAGUGACCAGUUUGAUAUAUUGAUGAAUGAGACGGGUUCGAAGGAAUAUGUUGAGUUUUGUAAUGGAAUGGGAUGGACGCUUGACAUCAAAUCACAUAACGGAUUUUUGGGGGGACUUGAUAAAGGAUAUUUGUCAACGGGUGAGAUCAUUCGGUACUAUGCCGAUUCGACAAAGGAAGUAAUCUUCCAUGAUGUUGUAUUAAUUCCAACACAAAAGGAUGAUUCACAGCAACUGACAAAGAAGAGACACGUUGGAAAUGAUUAUGUUCACAUCGUUUGGAAUGAAUCUGGAGAGUAUUCACCACACACAAUUACGAGCCAGUUCAACGCUGCACAUAUUGUAAUCACACCACUCGGCAACGGACUCCACAAAAUCAGAAUUUGGAGAAAACAAAACGUUCGACAAUUUGGGCCGUUGAUGGACGGAAUGAUUGUCGGCAAAGAGUUGCUCCCAGCACUUGUAAGAGAAACUGCCGUCAAUGCCAACUACUGCUGUUCACUCAACAUUUCGUCCGACGACUACUUGAAACCGUACUUGAGAAGAACAACACUCAUCAAGGAGAUAGUGGAAAAGAACGACUGCUUCCCAGUGCCGACGUUCUUUAACACACUGAGCGUUGUAACAAACCCACAGUCACUUACCAACUUUGCCAUCAAAAAAUAA